AUGGUUUCAUUGGUAUUUGAUCCACGUCCCGCCCCUUCCCUCCUGCUCCGCUCUGCGACGCUCCUCACACCCGGCGCACCAGCGGGACAGUCCGGCUGCACCUCCCGCUCCGUCGGACCGCACCAGCCCGAAAUAAAGUUCCACUGGAAAGAUUUUAAACCGGACUCUUUAAAACUUCACACCGCGGCUUUUUUAGGUGAGUUUAUCUCCAUUUUUUUACUUAAAGUCACUCUGUAGUGUGAUUAUCCAAAAACAAAAUGAGUCUAUCACACUUUUAAAGUAACAGGUCCUCCUUUAAAGUCCUAAAAGUGCAUUAUAAGCAUACGCUGUAUAUCUCGAAGAACAUAGCAUACUUAGACUGUGAAUGCAUUUACACAGCAUUGCCUUUUAAAUAUGUAUUGAACAACAACAUGUAUGUUUUAAGUGUCUUUUUGAAGUUUGUAAGCAUCCUUAUUCCAUAAACUGUAGGUGCAUAACAUGUGGAAAAGAGCUUAUCUUUGAUUUUGUCAACUAUUAAUGCACAAAAUUCUCUGAUAAAGCAUAUAAACACAAAUAAAUGUAUAUCAGCUUUAAGAAUGAGCCCCUUGCUGAGCAGAGAGACUGGGUUAACAGGUUCAGAUAACAGUAGUACCAUUUAGACAUGUGAAAAUGUUGACACAAACCUGCUAUCAUACUUUGAUGUUAAUGAGCUCACUGAAAACCGUGUGAGGGUUGUUUUUAGGGGUUGUAAGCUUAUUUCUUUGCUGUAGUCCGACAUGAAAUUGUGUCUGCCCUAUAUCAUAUUUAUAUGCAGACCAGCAGCAGUAUAUCAUUACUGCUCCCCACUGUAACCUUGGUCAGAAUAGACUCACAGAUUUUCAUCACUCUGCCUUGUAAUUAGAGAGGCUACAUGACAUAACCUAUCCAUUUCCACACAUCACUAACAUUACCGAGAAGACCUCUGAUUCAGAGAAACGUGACAUGGUGAGGUUUAAGCUGGUGGCCUUGAGGUGUUUUAAUUAUGGAGACAAACGAGCAGCACAGCGUUGGACUUGUUACAAGUUGGGGGCAGCGGCCUUAUGACCCCUACAACCUGUCAGCGAGCCAGGAGGGAGGCCACCAUGUGAAAUACCACACACACACACACACACACACACACACAUACACGCACACAAAUACACAUACAUAAACACACACACACUCACACAGAGAUUGAAGAGCCUGUUGGCCUGCUAAAGCCGCCAGUAAACAAACAUGCACAGUGGGGAUCAAUGAAAAGCCAGUCUGCUUCAGUGAUAAUAACACAAAAUCCAUAAACAACAUGCAGCGAUGACCUCAGCCGUCUUUGCUAUGGAUCUGAACAGAGUUUUUCAUGUUAAUUGGAUCCACAGUUUCCCUUGUUUGUGUCCACAGAGUGGGCGUACAGUACCUCCUCACAUGUUUUGAGAUCGUCGGCCUCCUGUGAGAUCAUCCAUAUAGUGUAUAAUGUGUCCUGUGCAUCCUCUAAUUAUAAGUUUUAUUAGUUACGCAGUACUUUUGAAAGCAUCUUAGUAAAUGAAAACAGACAUUCCUCUGGUUGUUUUUUUCCUCUCUAUUUUUUUCCUCCAUCUUUUACCUGAGCUCUACAUUCCUUUAAGAGGUACCCUUUGUGACCUUUAGGUGUCAUUGACGCAACCAACCGGGAAAGGGUCAGUUGCAAAGGUGUGAACUCUGAAUCCAGCUGCUCUGUUUGCUUUCACACCACAGGAUUCCCUCGCUUUCUUAUUCCUUCCUUUUUUUUCUCCCCCACAUGGAGAAGUUGGGAAAACCGCUCCAUAACGGUCCGUCUUUAACAAAUGGUGAAGCCAACACACUGGGAGACUGGGAUUGGUUGAUGAAUCCUUCAAUGUCAAGUUGGCUCUAAAUGGCUCCCGUUAUUGUGUGCAGUUUUUAUUGGACAUUUACCAAUAGUUUAGGUUAUAUCUGUUUAAAAGAUAAAACAAUUUCAGGAUAAAACAAAGCCCUGUUAGUUGAUUGGCUGCUGUCCAAUCUGCAUGUGAACCUUUCAGAUAAUAAUUCAUGCAGACUAUUGUAAAUCUUCCCUUGCUUGGAGUUGUUUACGCCUCUUCCUGUUUCUUCAGAAACUACCGGCAAAAGGGAACUAACAAUACCUUCUGUCGUCUGUGAAGGUAGCAAGUACAAAGACAACUAACUCAAAAGACUGGACAUCUAAAACCCAGCAAGAAGAAGAUAUAUCAAAUUAAAUUUAGUUUUAUGGAGCACCAUCUGUAACAUGGAGAUUAUGAGGUCUCUGUUAUAUCUGAUACUGUAAUUUCAACAUAAUAACAUGACAAUCUUUGUCAGCCAUCACUUAAAUGUGGUUAAAGACUUUAAUUACAUUUCAGCUGAGCUCUGUAGUGGAUAAGUCGCUGCAGUUUUUCAGCUUUGAAAUGAUUGUCAGUCACAGUUUCUAUAUAUAUGAUGUCUGAUACCAAGACGCAAAAUCGCUCACUUUAGGCAAAAAAAAAAAUGUAUACCUCGGAAUGCUUAAUAUAGAGCUAGUACUGUUUAUAAUCACUCUACAAGUUCAAUUUAAGAAAUAUUCUUCUACAUGUUGCACUGACGAAACUUAAUAUUUAACUAAUUUUAACUUACCUGCCUCCAGUUUCCAGCUUCUGUACUAAGCUAACUAGCUAACUCGCUGUUGCGUCUUAUUUCUAUCGCUCUUCUCAUCUCAUUUUCUUGUACUAAAACAUGUAUUCUUGGGACAAUCCUCAAAUUUUUUAAGAAAUCACAAUACGCUGCCCUGUAGUGGACAAACUUUGUAACAGUAACACUUUUAAAGUUGCUGUAAUUUCCUUUUUUCUUUCUUUAAAUCUUGCAUUUAAAGGCCAACAUGAACAAUGGUGUCAGUUCAUGUUGUAUGUGAGAUAAAAACUUAAUAUCAGUCAUCCUUGUUUGAGUCAUUAUCAGUCUGAAACAGGUGACAGUAAAACUUUGUUCAUUGACCUGUAUUACAGAGAAGAAGAAAGUGCGAAUCAAAAAUGGAAGUUUUUUCGAAGUACAGAAUAGAUAUAAACCGAGAAAGUGAGGCAACAAAGAGAACAAAUUGAGACUGCCAGUUGCAGCAGAUGAAGUAGGCAGGGGGCCUCAGAGAGUUUGGAUAUUUCUUAAAGCAUGGAAAUGUUUUCUUGCUGAGGAGGAAGUGUUUUGCUUGGAUUUGUACCGAGCAUGGACGGUGAAAAUAGGAACGUAAUUGAAAGUCAAAGGGUUAGCCCAAAAAAUGCGGCCUUAUCUUGUAUGUUUGUUCACCUGGUUAGAGAGGUUAGUGAGUGAAGGACAUGAGGAGAGAGGAGAAGAGGGAGGGGGCAGGGAACACCAAAGUCCAGCGCUUAUUUUACUCAAGGCAAACUGUUGCAGAGUAAACAUUUUUGAGUUAAAGUCAUCAAAAGUAGAGAUUAAUGGGUGCGUGUGUGCCUGUGUGGUCCAGCAGCUGUUACAGUCCGUAAAACUCUGAAAGAGAAGCAAAGAAAAGACAUGAAAGGGGUAGAAAAGAAAGCAAGUGAGGAAACAAACAGGGACAAAAAUAGAGACAGAAAACAGAGGAGGAAAAGGGGGAAUGAGGAGGAACAAACAAAGACAGAAAAGAAACUGUUCAGAGAAGAGAAAGGAAGAAAGGAGAGAAAGGAAAUGAGCGGGAAAUUAUUUAGAUAAGCAGAAAAAGAAGAAGAGAAAAGAUAGUUGAGAUCGAAACAUGGUUUUAAUCAGAGCUGGGGUUGAAUAGAAGGAUGGUUGAUGGUCAUAAUUGAGAGAGAGACUCUGCCGACUGAUGCUGGGCUCAGGAAUGCAAUCGUACCCACACACACACACAACACACACGGCUCCUAUUAGACUGUGGUUAUAUUGGUCUGUAUCCAGCAAAGCCACCUCAAGCAAAUACUGUACAUAGUGACAUGGAAAUAUUUGAUUCAGCCUGUCUGUGAUGUAUGAAUGCUCUGAAAUCCCCUGAUGGAUGAAUUGCUGGAGGAAAACAAUGAGGGGCUUGAGAGGGGAGACAAACUUUGACCAGAUUUGCAUUAAAAAAUAAUAAUAAUAAUAGAGUUUUCUCAUUAUGGGGUUGAACAGUUUAUACAGUAUCUGCACAGUCUAGUACUGCAUCAUAACAUAUCUGUCAGUAUUUGACACAAAGCUCAAGGCUCGAGUCAUCACAUGAAGGUUCUUGGCUUUAAAGUUAUAAAAUCGAUGGAAAAUGAGAAGUUGUCGAGGUCACCAUUAAGAUAGAUAUGGCAAGUGUCAACAGUCAAGGCCUCCACACAACAAAGGCAGGGUGAGGCAGGUUUAUUGAUUUAACCCAUUUCAAAGACCAAUGCAGGUCAAGUGCUCUAAGAAGGCCUCUAAGACCUGAUUACCAGACUCUGAAUCCACAGCUUGUAGUUUUGCUCAAAUGUUAAUUUUCCCAUGCUGAUGUGCUCACAACAGUAGGGCUGUCUUAUACCAUCAUAUAUUACUUCCACAAUUAGGUUUGGCUUGAUAGCAUGCUAGUAUUUGCAGCUGAUGAAAAAGUUGUCAGCAACGGAGCAGAAAAAUUAAGCAUUCACUAAAACCUGUAAAGAGGUCCCUGUGAUGAUUUUUGACCAGGUCUACUCACUGAACUGGGUCUUCAUUGUCUUAGUUGUUUUAAUGAUACGCAAAAUGACAAAAUCAAGUAUCUCAUACAUGUUGCAGACUCAGAAACCCUAUUUCUGUUACAUCUGUUACUUGUUAAAAUAAAACAUAUUAUUUUUAUCCGAUGUUUUCUUCACUUACCAACUGUUACCUUGUUUCCCUGGCUUCCCUUUAACUGAAAUUUAAUGUCGUCUCUUGUAGGAAUCAAAGGCAGUGGAGGAGCUGACCACAGCAGUAGCAGUCAGGUCUUGGCCAAAAAGAGGCGCCCCACUGAGAACAACAGGGAAGAUAAAGGAUUAGAGGAUAAUCCAGGGUACGUCCAAGUCCCUCCUGUUGAGAGGUCCCCCUUUUUUGAUAUCCAGGAUUUAUGCAGGGAGGCUGCUGAAGGGAUUAUAGUCUUACAUUUAUUACCUUUCAAAGACUUAAACUGUACUAUAGUUUCUUUUUGUCUUUGUGGUUCUGUUGGGGUUGUUUGUUUGCCUGAGGGUGCUGGCUGAUAUGUUUGUGUUACUCAAAAACAAAGGAGCAAGCGCAGACAGAGAUCACAGAGAGGAGGGCAGGAGAGUUCAGUGGGACAGAAGCAUAUGUGCAGAUAAAAUGAGCUUUGCCCAGAGGGGUCCAGGUACAUAGGAGAUUUCAGGGGGAGCAACCCCGCAAAGCUGUGGUCCAAGGUCUUUAACGGGAUUACGGGCAAAGACAUGACGACAAAACACCAGGGCUUUCUGUAAGCACGGUAAGAAUAAUUAACAACUCCAUGUUUAUUCUUGUAAUACUUGAAAGUUUGAUUAGACCGAGGGGUUCCUGUUCAUCCUGGAUACAACAAGGCUGACUUUCCCCUUUUGAGUCAGGACAUAUUGUAUUGUGUCUGUGCUCACAGUCAGAGUCUGUCGCUUCGGCGUAGUUCAUGGGAAUGUGCACAUGGUCCCCGCAGGCAAACACUGUAUUGGAUUCAACAUCACACCUCGGUAUAGUGGUCCCUGGCGUCCCUCUAUGAGCCUUGAUAUGGCUCUGUUCGGAGCUGGUAUGUGGCGUGUUUCCUCUCUCUCUGCUCCCAGAUGCCCCUCUUAAAACUCCAGCCAGGGGAAGUGGAGCGGAGGGCUCGGGACUGUGGUCAGCGGCAAAUUAG